AGAAGAGAGGAGAAAGAAGAGAGGGAGAACGGGUAAGGAACGUGCCCAGCAAAAGUUUAAAGGGAUUUUUAUGUGACAGGGAAAGAAGUGGACGAAUAGCCUGUCGAAGAGCGGAAGUAAGAAGGAAGGAAAGAAGAAAACUUGGAAAGCGCGUGGAGAAUACAACAGGGUGAUACGGAAGUGAGUGAUACGUAGAAUCGCGGGUGGUUUAUGGUGUCGCGAAUAAAACAAAUGCGUGCGGGUUGUACGCGAACAAGUCUUUCUCUUGCCAACGAUAUCCCAAUCAACUUGUUUUUAGCAUUUCCUUGGGGUUGCAUUUUACGUGUGACUCCAAACUUUGUGUCAACGAGGGACGGCCAUAUUAAUCCGUAGCCCCCGCCGUCACACAUAUUUGAAGAAUCUUAUCUCCUCGAGGUGGUGCCUCUAGUUUUACGAUUUUCGCUACUUUUUUAGUGCAUAUCCUGUUGCGGUGAGUCCUAUCUUACCAUACCGUGUCGUGUCGUAUAGUGUCGUGUCGUAUCGUGCCGUAUCGUGUUGUAUCGUGUCGUGUCGUGUCGUGCCUUGCCUUGCUGUAUCGUACCGUACCGUACGUAUCGUGUCGUGAUCCUCGAUUACUUGGAUAUAAGUGUAAGAUAAUCGCCAGAUUUUCGCCGAAUGACGGUGUGUGUACAUAGUGUAUCGACGGUGGUAUUUGUGCAUACGAGCAAUACAAAUGACAAUCACUACGUGAGUUCUAUGCCACCCGAUGUUCAUGUAUCGCAUCGAAACAACUUACCGGUUCUCCACCACGGUGUCUAUCCAGUUUGCCAACUGUACCACCCUUCCUAAAUUCUGUAUUACUCGCAGGAUGACAGUGGUACAGCGGGCAACGACGACGGGGUACAGUUGGUAGUGGCGUGGAGGGCGCACCGCGUGAGAGGAGCGGAAGAUAACCCGGAAGAGGCGGGUGGUGAAGAACGAGGGAGGCGGAGGAGGAGGAGGAGGAGGAGGCGGAGGAGGGGGAGGAGGAGGAGGAGGAGAAAGAAAGAGGGAAGACUGGCGGAGAUAAGAAAACGGAAGUGGGAGAAAGGGAGGAAAGUAGGCAGCGGGAAGGGGAAGGGGAAGGGGAGAGGAAAGAGAGGAGGAGGCCGGUCUCGUAGAGGGGCAUCGUCCACGGAUUUUCCGGUAAUCGGGGAUAUCGUCGAACUUUGGGGGGCUGCGAAGGUCGCUGAUGUCCGCUACGAGCCCUGCCCCUACCCCUGCCACCAGCUCACCGUCACCAACGGAACAACAACAACGGAAGAGGAGGAGGAGGAGGAGCGGAGAAGGAAGAGGAUCGGACGCCGCGCCGCGACCGACGCCGAGGAAAGUCGCGUCACCACACCUUGCCUUGUCCUUUGAUCCGGGAAGGAAGAAUAUCUUUUACCAGCCUCGCCGACCACCACCACCGAACGUUCUCUCCAUCCAUACUUCGCUAUUACUGCUGCUGUAUCACCGAUCAGCUCGACCACCCCUCUGAAUGUCUUCGCACAUCCAAAAGUCGUGCGUGGGGCUUGAAGCGACACUGAGUGACAGCAAAAAGAAGUACGGCGACAAGGUGAAUGCACUUCUGUCCGCCUGGGAGCAUGUCACCAAUUUCAUUCCUGGGGCAACGCCAGAGGCCACCCAGUCUCUCAUAGAAUGGGCUCACAAGCACACGUUGAAAUUGGUACUGCGCGGGGAGUGGCCCAAGUUGUCACCCGCGACGAAGACCCACCUCAGUGUAACGUUGCAGAGGUGCGCGUCCCACCUGGUGCAACACCCCGCUGCACCCUGGUGCACUGCCCUGAUAGCUCUGGUGCACAAUCCAUGGACUCAUCCAGCUCUCGACAGCAUACUUAACGGCCAACCGGAUUCCGAACAUGAGGAGGAAUUCUGCUGUUCGGAGAAAGGUGAACUGCUUACAAUGAGGUUGAAAAUACUUUGCGAGGACCGCUGCGAGGACAUAGCGGUGAACCUCGCCGCCGCCUGCGUACGCUCUCUCCGGCGAAGCGACCGGUUGCGCUCCCUGUCCGACUCGCAUCACGUUCAUUACAUGAUCGACGUUUACAUUGUCCUCUUGUAUAAAUUGAAACGCACGCAAGAUAUAUUCGCUCAAUUAAAAUUAAUGGAUCUCAGCGACGGAUUGGAAUUGGUCCAACGGCUCAGCGGCGAAAGACCCACCAAGUACGGAACCGCGCGAGUUUGGAGAAAUUCUAUAAAAGCUGCCGAAUUGGUCGCGCAAUAUCUCGUUACAGCCGGUAUGGUGCGGCCCGUGCCGGAAACGGGCGCCAACAUUUUGGAACAGAUUCUAAACUCUUGGGCAUUAUUGCAUUCGAAAUUGAAGGACGUCGAGCCCACGUUACCCGGGAUGAUAAGGAAAUUGAUCGAGCCUGCGGAGAGCGCCCAACACAUCUACAUCUUUUGCGCGGUGCUCGUUAAACACUUCGGCGACAGCGUAAAGACCCUGGUGAUCGAAUUGUACAUAAGGGCGUUGACCACGGACAUGAACGAAUUGGAGAGUCAAAAAGCGAAGUCCGAUACGGAAAAGGUCCGCGAGACAGCGAAACGUUUGAGCACGCAAUUCCUUAAACUGGCCGACGUUGUUGGGAGCAAUAUCGGUAUCGCUCGAGAAUGCGUGCUGACGGCGUUCUCACUGCAUCCGACCAGGGCUUGUUACGAUAGGAUUAAAGAGAUGGCUGUCGCGUGCGGGAAAACGAGAGCGGAUGGGACGCAGAGCGAUAACAGCGUGGUGGUCGUUAACGAGAGAACGUUUAAGCACGCUCUGGUGGAGGGCAGUCAUUCUAGCACGGGAUCUGUGAUGAUGGUGAAAAGGAUGAUCGAUAGUAAUAGCGGGGAGAGGAAGGACGAAACGGCGAGAGGCGUCACCGAUUCACCGCCUCCCACUUUAUGCAACUCUACUUCGUUGUUUUCAGUGUCGCCCGGCUGCCCGGCCGCAACUGGCGUGGUAACGGCGUCGAUGAAAAAAAGUAGCAUCGACUUUCAGAACGGGCAGGUGAGCAAGAGCUUCGAGAGGACGGAUCAAUUGUUAAAGAGCCUCCUCACGGCGAAAAGGGGCGAGGCGGCGAUGAUCUCGGGGAACGACAGGUGCCCGUUGCACCCGAGGAGGGAUCCGUUGUCGAGCGGCCCCCUCGGCGAGCUCUGCUUCAAUUGCGGCGAGUUCACGGGGAACGACAUAUCGUCCUCGAGGAGCAAAACGCCCGAGGCGAGCUCCCCGGCGAGCCCCGGCGCGAGGAACGUGGAGAGGACCCUCGACGCCCUGAUCCUGAUCAAGGGCGACGCCGUGACGGGUUCCGCCAACUACGACGAGAAAUCCGUGCCUAACCAGGUGUUGGACGCGGAGAAGCUCGGCCUCUCCCCCCAACUUUGCGACGACCUGGCCGUGGUGCUGAGCAGCCCCCGUUACCACAUGCUCAGCUGGGUGCUAGAUUGGAAAGAGUUGAACAGCCUGUGCGAGAGAUACUUGGAGAACGCGGAGGAGAUGAGGAACACGAACAAAGAGUUGAAAUACCUCAACAUAGAUUACUCCCAGUUCAAGGAUUGGCCCUCGGAGGACGACACCAAGGAUAUCUUUUUCGGGAUCGAGAAGGGUUACGAGCAGUGGGUCGAUCUACCGUCGGACAACUCGGAACAGUUCGGUAGCUUUCAGCCGGCGGGUAAUUACAAGAGGUCCUCGACGAGGAGGAGCCUCGACGACACCACUACCACGGACUCGGACAGCGGCAGCGUGAUGCGGAUAAGAAGGACGGGAAGGCAGAGGAAGGUCCACAGAUUGGAAUCGUCGGAGAGCGAUUACGACAGCACGGAGCGUAAACCGAAACACUUCAGGAACAGGGUCAGCUCGAUCUCCGAUUCCGACAGCAACACGCAGGACAGUCAAACGGACAGCCUGGGCAGCGACGGGUGUCGGUUGGAGGUGAAGAAGAAGGCAGGCGGGAACAAAUCGUCGUCGGCCGGCAAGGAGGCCGGGAAGAAGCUCCGCUCGAAGGGAGCCAAGUUGACCGUCGACUCGGUGUCGCAUUUCCAUAUGCUGGUCAACGAGAACGUGCGGCACGCCAACACGAACGAGGACGCGAGCGGUUCGGACGUGAGCAGCAACGAUAUCAUUACCCUGUUCUCGGCCGACAUGGACGAGAACAAGCGGGAGACGAUAAAGGGCUCGGCGUACACGGCGGCCGCCCCUUUGAUCAUCACCGAGAGGAGGAGCGAUCCGGCGGUGCUCAAGUCGUUGAGGAUGUUCAGGCCGCAGAACUCGAAGAAACCCACGAGGAUCUCCCAGAUACUGCAAAAGAAUCUUUUGAAUAAGAGCAAAGACAAUAAUAAUUUAGAGAAUAGCGCGGCGAACAACGUGACGAAAUUCGCACCCAUGCUGAGCACGUUGAACUUGAACCCGAAGAUCGUGUUGACGAGGGCGGACGAGAUCGACAGGAAGUUGAUUCGGGCCAAGAAACAGCAACGAUUGAGCAGCGGGGAUAUAACCAGUGAGCUAAUCAAUAUACAGAAAAACAUGCCGUUCUCGCCCAACAAGAACACCUUGUCCACGUAUCACCAUCAGAAGCAAAAGGGGAACGGGGCAGCGAUUAUCGGUAAGACGGAUUUGACGCCCGCCGACGGCCGGGAUCUCAACACGAAAUCCAACUUGGGUAAACGAAAGUUCGACAUUCUGGCCAAGGCCGUCAGGGACUCGGACAUCUUGGCGAAGAACGUGCCAGGUCUGAACACGUUGGACAUGAUGGUGCCGCCGAGAAUGCGGCCCACGGUGAACGUCGUCCAACUUUCCAGAAACAUUCCGCAGAGCCCGAACUCGGGCUCGGUGAACAGCGGCAACACACCUCCCAGGCCGAACAGAACGCCAAGCGUGGCCGGCAAUAUUCAGUUACCCGGCACUCCCUCCUCGGGAGGCCACGACAGUGGCGUGGGCAUGAGUCCCGCCGGUCAAACCCCCCCACCGAGAUCCUCCGUUCUUCCCGACGUCGGCGAAGAGACGAAUCAACCGCCCGACAACUCGCCCACCUCUUCCACGACCACCAACGUUUCCGGCCAACUCGAGUCGGACUCGAGCCCCCGAACGAUGCCGAUCCAACGGCGAAACCAGCAGAGUCAAUCGCCCAAAAAAUCCCCGUCCCCCUGUUCCGCCGUUGUCGCGACGACGACCGCCGUUACCACCACCACGAGUUCGGGGAUAUCCUCGACCAACAUCGCGUCCGAACAGUUGCAGAUCGUUUGCAAACCGGACGGUACGUACCAGUUGGCCUCCGUGAAUCCGAACGUGGUGUCCAAUCAGAGGAACGUUCUCAAUCUGCAAAAUAUCGAGGACGGAGGAGGAGGAGGAGGCGGUGGAGCAGGAGGAGGAGGAGGAUCCAAUUUUUCACGGCAAAACCAGAGAGGCGAGAACGGCGGGAACGGCAGGAACACGUACGAGAGAUUGACGAAAGGGGGCGCGCAAAAUUCCGGGCAGAACGCAGGCUUGCCGAAAUUUCAACAGGCCUUUGGUAAAACUAUAUACACGCUUUCCACCGACUCGUCGAGCGCGAGCGGCGUGGCGACAGGUGGCGCCGCCUCGGCGGAAACUCUGGUACAAUCGGUCUCUCCCCAAAAGACGAGUAAUCUCUCGAAAGCUGUUCAAACGUCGGUGCCCAACGCGCAACAGGCGAGCCCGUCUACGGGGAUAAACGUGCAAUCCAUCGCGAACAUUCCAAACACGUUACAAUUAUCGACCACGAGUAGACAGAUAUUGAAUAUCGUUCAAAGCUCCGGGAAUAACGCGAACGUGGUGGCGACCAGCCCGAACGCGAGUCAAACGUUGACGCAGUUGGUGCAAAGUGUUCAAAACGCCUCCCCCGGUGUCAUAUACACGCACAAAAUUCCCGUCACUAUAUCGACCACGAAUCCAAGCCAGUUGAACAUCAUACCUACGAUAUCGCACGCGAAUUCGAUACCGACCGGAAGGACACCUGUGGUCAAAUUGAACAUCAUUCGAGCUCCUUUGAGGCAACAAAAUAUCACGGGAGCUAUACAAGCUGUGCUCACCACACCGAGAUUGCAACAACAACAGCAGCAACAACAGCAACAGCAGCAACAACAACAGCAACAGUCCACGGUUCGAACGGACAGUUUGCUCGGUUCCCCCAUAGAGGUGCCGAAUCAAGUGAGUUCGACCACUUUGGAACAAUUGAGGGAGUUCGAGAGCGUGUUGGAACAGGUGAAGGAGAGGAGCACGAUUCAACCGCAGUCCCAUCAAACGAUAUCCACCUCGCCCACCACCACCGUACAAACGCAAACGACCACCCAACAACAGCAGCAACAACAACAACAACAACAGCAACAACAGCAACAAACUCAGGCCGGAAAACAGCAGCAAGUGUCCGUGAGCGCGCUAGCCCAACAACUGUUAAUGCCAACCCAGCAAACCGGAGGGACGACGGGAAACGAGUUCGCGAGCAACGGUAACGCGACGGUGAAUUUCCAACAGGACGUUUUCUCCCAAAAAGUGUCGCUCGCGUACGUGAAUCAGAACGCGGGUUCCGCGGUUUCGAAGACGCCUAACUCGACGCCGGUCGUGGUUGUGACGAGUUACUGUCAACCUGCCGCCUCCCCCGCGUUGAGCGUCACCUCACAAAGCUCCUCCAGCCCGUGCGUGACACCCGCCCCGGCCCCUAUCCCCCCGGCCGGCAAAACACCGCCCACCCCUCCCUCCUCGAAAACAGUGAAGAAGGCGGCGCCGAAAACGGUUAAAACGAGCGCGACCAACACAUCGAAAUCGUCCCCGAUACCGAAACCUCAACAGAAACCGCAGGAGGACGAGCAAACGGCGCAAAGGAUUUACGCGAUUUUGGACGAGUACGCGGAGCAAUUGCGCAACUCGCCCGAUCUAAACAAUAAACCCGCGCCAAGGAGGAGGUCGAACCCGCCCACGAAUCCCAGCCAAUCAUCGAAAAGGAAGAAAUCUAGCGCGAGCAAGGCGAAGUCGGUGGGCGGGCAACAGAAUUCGGAGCUGAGCCCGAGCACGGACGAUCUCGGCAGGACGAUGGGCAGCGAGGAUUCGUCGAGCGGGGUGGUGCACGUGCAGGACAGCCCUGCCGGUUUCCCCGCCCCCGUCGAGGAGCCGUCCCCCAACGUCGGGAGCGCGGCCGAGACGGUUAGCGCCGCGGCCGAGGUACGAAAUCUUGCCACCGACUCGAACGACGGAGUCGAAGUGAGCGUGAAGAGGCGAAAUCUGAUAUUCGCCGAGCCUGGGCCGGGCCAGCCGAGGGCGGUCAUCGUGCAGGAGGCGGUGCAAGCGGGUUCCGUGUCGGUGAGCGAGGCCCUCGCCUCGGUGACGGGCAAGAUGGGUAGCACUGCGGUCCUCGUCCCUGGCCCCAACUACAUCCUUCCCAUGAACCUGGUGAAAGGCGGCCAACAGUUCACCAUAGUGUCGAGCGGGUCCAAGCUGCUCGCCACCGUUCCGGCGACCGUACGUGCCACCGGGAACGCGGCCGUUUCCAACACGUUGGUUCUCCAGUCGUUCCUCAACCAGGCGGGCAAGAUAAUCUCGCAGCCGGCCCAGGUGAAACAGGUGAAGAUACCCACGUUGCAGACGUUGUCCGGGAGCCAGGCGUCGUUGGCCGGGGCGCAGAACGUCCAGGGGACGUCGGUGGUGAUACCCCAGGGGACGGGGGGGAAUCAUCACGGCCAGUUCACGGGGGAAGGGGUGGUGGCGGAGAAGGCGGGCAGCGUGAUAGCCGGGGACCUGGCCGCGGCGAAAUCCGACGCAGUCGAAUCCGGAGGAGGGAACGCGAUCGUUGUCAACAAAGGGAACUCGGCGAUCGGGCUGAUUCAGCGUAACCUGAGCGAGGGUGGGGAGGGGGGCCAGCCGAUCUGCGGGGUGAUCACCAGCAAUCCAAAUUUGACGCUCCAAGGGGCGAGAUUGUUCAACUCGUCCAUACACAAAUUGACCAGCCCUGGAUUGAAGUCGGAGAACGUGGUGUGCAUCACGCCGACGGCAACGAUCGCGCAGCACAGCCCAGAGAAGAGCAACCAAUCUCCCCAAGAGGGGCAAAUUCACAACGACAAACACGUGUCCAUUCAAACGGGUGCGACGAUCGCCCUCGCAUUCGCCACGCAAUCGGACGUUUCCUUGUUGAACGACGCCGCUCAACAGCAGCAACAACAACAACAGCAGCAGCACCAUCAUCACCACCAUCACCAUCAUCAUCAGCAGCAUCAUCAUCAGCAACAGCAAAAGGAUACGAAGGAUACGUCGACUGAGAUAAUCCCCGGUGCCAAGAUCAUCUCCCCAAAGACGGUGAAAAGAAAAAUCGACGACGCGAUGGAUUCGAUGUCGACGAUAACGGUUGGAAGCAAGCAGAGCGGAGGGAUCGACGGGACGACGCAGUUUCUGGUGACUGGGGGGCCGAGCAGUUCCGACAGUCAAGAGUCUUCUGUGCAACAAUCGAGCGAGGGUAUCGAGGUUUCGUGCAAAGUUGGGAACGGUUUGCUGUACGGGAACGCGAGGUUGCAAGAGGCUUGGGAGCCAGAGGGGAAGGUGUCGCCCGACACGCCUUGGCGAUACGUGCCCACGUCCACGAAUUCUUUGAGCAUCGACCCGUUGAACUCGAGAUACUCGGACAAUACGGAGAACGUGCAGAGCGUUCUGCAGAUCAUAAACAAGGGGCAGGGUAUUGAAAUGUCCGGCGGUCAGAUAUAUCAGACGAACGCGAAAAAAUAUUUCAUGAAUCACACUCUGGAACCGUUCCAACAGUACGCGAAUAAGAGCAACGUGAUGAAAACGCCUUUGAAUCCCAGAUUGGACAGGGAGUUGUUGCAACAGAAGAUGGAGAGGAAGGCGGCCGCCAUGGAACGCGAGAUGAAGUUGCAGAAGAGUUUGUCGGAGGAGUGCGAGGACCUCGGUGUGGACGAGCCGAGCACCAGCGACCUGUUCCCGGAGGCGGAUCUUCUUUUCGACACGAAUCAUUCGCCGUCUUUCGACCACUCGUCCCAGGACGCGUCCUGCAGCCAACCGUUGGGCAUGAAAUCGUACGGCGGCUCCUACUUUCGUUCCCUGGAUUCGUCGAGCGGGAGCAGGGACGCCAGUCCUAUCGCCGAUUUCAAGGUUAACGAGCGCAGGAAGAGCGGCGGCCAGAGGGGCAGGUCGGCGAAAGAUUCGGCGAAAAGGUCGAGGAGGGAGAAGGGGGGCGGAGGGGCGGAGGAACUGCAUCUAGAGAACCCAGCCAAACACAUGCGAUUAACGUUGGAGAACUUGAGCCAGGACGAGGCGUCCAACAGUAAUUCCGACAUAUCGAGAUUGUCGCCGACGAAUCUGGCCUCGUUGGAGAACGAUUCGUUGAAGGAUCGUGCGAAGAUCGCCUCGAGGAACGGCUCGAAGGAGGGCUCGCCCAGCAGCGUGUCGAGUAUCCCUUCGAACAUGAAGUUGGACAUAGAUCUAGAUUCGGAAUCGUUACCGCCGAGCAUCAAUGUAAACAACACGUCGGCAGCUAGCUCCGGGGACGAAAGCUUGACCUUGCUCAGUAGCAACACGGCGGACGUAACUAUACCCUCCCCACUCUCUCCCAUAGCCGGCCCGAUGUUGUCGACGCACAAGUACACGUACACAAACAAGAAACGGAUCGCGUCGAAGGUUACGAGGAUGGAUUACCUCUCUUGGGAGAGCCCGAUGUCCGAGAGGACGAGGUCGAGCAGCGACGAGGAGGAUUCGAGUAUAAGCGAGUCGAUCGGCAGCCAACCGGAAGAGAACGCUCUUAGCAACGGGCUCGAGGACAGCGUGCAAAGUCUCAAGUCCCUGUCGAACGAGCGACGUUGCAAUUAUUUGAAAAAGAAAGAUAAAUUGCAGGUGAAUGCGAGGGUGGUAUUGAAUCGAGCAGAUCACAAGGGUAGUCUGUCGAAACGAAUUAAGGUGUCGAGCGAGUCGAUCCAAGAUUCGGUUAUGGUUUCCAGUGAUAAGGCAUCCGAGCCCUCCGACGACGAAACGGGGAAUAUCGCUUUGGUCGAGCCGGACUGUCGGGCCAGGCGGUCGAGUUUGCGUGGCCACGUUAAGAAAGGAUGCGCCUGUUGUAACGGAUCCCCGGAGAGACCUAAAAAGAAGUCGGUCAAAUCCGAUCAUCCGAGGUUAAAGAAACGAUUGUCGUCGAAACAGGCCGGCAAGAAAAGGUAGUCCUAGCGUUCGAACGCUCGACGGAGCAUCGCGUGUUCGAUCUUGAUAACAAUGCUAUAUGCUUUUAUUCCUUGUGGACGCAGUUGUCCAGUGACGAAGGAGCUUCCAAAACGUAUCCGGGCGUAUCCUUGUAAACUAUGCCAUACGAAAAACUUAGAAUCGAUAGCCAGAAAGCUGAAUAUCUGAAUCGCAAAAUAGAUUUCGCAAAUUCGAAAAACGAUAAGAAACGUGCGAAUCGUCGAAUUUGUGUGUGUGUGUGUAUAUAUAUAUAUAUAAAAUAUAUAUAUAAUAUAUAUGAAUAUAUAUAAAAUAUAUAUAUUAUAUAUAUAUAUAUGUAUACAUAUAUAUAAUAUAUAUUAUAUAUAUUAGUCGAUAUAUGUAUGAGGUUGUUGAAACAAACUUUUACGAUAUACCGGUAAUUCGGAAAUGCCUAUCCUCUUAUAUUAGGCAAGAUAUAAGUUAAUUGCGUGACAUUCGCAAGUUCUUCGUUCAGUAUGAACUUGCUUUAUCAAUCAGAGACAGAGAAAGAGGAAAGAGAGAGGGGAAGAGAGAGAGAGGGAGAGGGAGAGAGCGGAGGAACGAUUGUUCUGUUAACGAUUCUCGACAACAGUAGGUCAUCCUCUUACCACUAGAUGUUAUUAUAAUACUAGAUGUAAGAUGAAAAUUAUAAUGAAUGGCAGACUUAGAUUAAAUCGUUAAGGAUAUUAGAGACGCAAUCUAGUCAAAAAGAUAAGGUUUACGGCGAGGAAUAGGCGUGUUUUCGAAAAACGGAGAGAGUAAGCGAGAUAGCAUCAGCGCGAGAAAGGAGAAAAAAGAAAAAAUGUAAAUGAGAGAAGGAGGGAGAGGAGGAGGAAUUUAGUAAGGAAAGGAAGAAAAAAAUAAAAAUAGAACGUAUCCGACUGUCGAUAGAUCCCUCGCAGACUAAAGAAUUUAUAAUUAAAAGCCUGAAUUCAUUAUUUCUGUCUACUGUAUCUAUUAUGAUGAUACUAUUCUACGUUCUUUUACAUGGUAUGGUCAGACUGAAUAGAGAAAUUAAUCUAUAGAUCUCGUUUGGUGGAUUAACGUAGCGAGACGUGCAUUGAAUUCUUUGCCUUUUGCGUAAAGUUCUCGAUAACUUAGUAUCUUAACCUCUAAAUCAAGAUAGUCCUUGUAAAUUGUAAUGUCUUAUGAUAUAUCUUAUGAUAUAUGCAAGAGAGAGUGGCGAGAGAGACGAUUGAAGACGGAUUAAUGGCAGAAAAGGAAACAAAUACGAAUAAAUAAAGGUGAAGAAAAGAAAGGAAAAAGAAAAUAUCGAAAAAGGACGUAUAAAAUGAAACGAAAGAAUAUAUAUAUAUAUAUAAAAUUAAGAGCAACGUUGUGUGACGAGCCGACCAUACCUUGUUGUCACGGUGCAUGUAAAAAAAAAAAGGAAAAAAAAAAGGUAUCCAAAAAGAAAAAAACUGUACAUUACGUAGAUAAUUCAUUAAAAGUAUAGUAUUAUAUCGCUGCACUUUAGUACAAAAUCGCUUCACCUUGUUUCAGAAUGACAAGUUUAUAUCAUCUUUCGGUGUGCUGUCGUGACGCGUGAAUGCCUGCAAUUUAUUACAAACUAUAAACAAAGAAGAAAUUCUUGUAAAGGUUGUAUAAUUAAGCCAUGAAACACUUAUAAAUUUCCGUACAUUUCUUUCGCACCUUCAUCAUGGGGUGAUCGGAAAUUUUCCACGUAAAGAUUAGAAUUCGUUAAUCGAAGCGUUUAAUGUGUUACCUCUGGCGCAAAAACUAAGGAUUAAGGAUGUUGAAAAGUAAUGUUCCUGUGAAUAGUCUCAUUUCGUGAUACGAACCAAAGUGAUUCCGUUUAGAAGCAAAAAGAAAAAAAAAAGAAAAAAAAAACAAAAAAAAGAUAAAAAAAUAAAAAAAAGUAAUAAUAAUAUUAAUAAUAUUAAAAAUAAUAAUAAUAAUAAUAAUAAUAAUAUUAAUAAUAAUAAUAUUAAUAAUAAUAAUGAUAAUAAUAAUAAUAAUAAUAGUAAUAAUAACAAUAACAACAACAACAACAACAAUAAUAAUAAUAAUAAUAAUAAAGGAAGGAAACAAAAAUAACUUGAAAGAAAAAAUGGAAAUGAUAAAAAGGAGAAAUGAAGUACGACAUAAGCGUAUUAAAUUUAUUAUUUUUCUUAUAAUCCAAUUGUAAAUUGUAUUAAUUGCUUCGUUUUGAACGUAUUAUUGUAAGAUAAUUAUCUUCUUCAUUUUCUUAUUCUAUCAUCGAUUAGUAAAACUCUACCUCGUGCACACGUCGAUCAUUUUUCAUAAUUCUCAUCAUUGUUUUUAAGCAAUUUCUAAUUGACUUACAUGUCGAAGGAAUCGCCCGCUGUAACUUGAACGAUUUCAAAUAAUACCUUUCACUUUGAAUAUUCUGUUUACGCAAAGUGAAAGGUAAUAUAUAGACAUAAUCUAAGUACAAUUGCUGCUCCUCGAAAAUUCGAAUUUCUGUUGGAAAAUACUUCGUCCAAAUAAAUCUUAUUAUGUCAUUAGCAAUAACAAAAUGCAAACAAAAGUUAAAUUUAAAACCCAAUAUCUUAUAUACGUUGAUAUACGUUUUACUAGGCGCCUUUACGAAUUUAUCUGUUUUUCUAACUUUCGUUGUCUAUCUUCUUCCAUUCUGAUCACUCAAUGACUUGUAAAUAAUGUACAUUUAAAAUUUUUCGACUCCCAUUUGAAUCGCUCAACGAAUAAUCCUAAAACUUUUUCAGCAUAAUCCGACGAGUUUCCAGCGGAGCGAGUCGACAAGAAAAAUCAAGUUAAUGUUAUUGUCUAAAUGUAAGUUCUUAUCUUCCUGUACAGCUAAAGUGAUGUAAAAAAAAAAAAGAAGAAGAAGAAGAAGAAAAAGAAAGAAAGAGAAAAAGAAUGAAAAAAACAAAAGAACAAAAUAAAAAUGAAAUAUAGAAAAAAUGAGACGAACAACAAAUAAACAUAAAAACAAAGAGAUAGAGACGUUAAAGAAAUGCAUCUUUAUGUGUAGAUGUAAAUUUUGAAAGAACAUUACAUUAAAAUAAUAAUAAUAAUAAUAAUACGUAUUUUUUGAUGAGAUGGAGAAAAACAUUACAUGUAGCUUAUACGUUAAAGCAAACGAGCGAGAAAUAGAAAAAAAAAAAAAAAAGAAUGUGCAUGUAGUAUGAGUGAGUGAAUGGAAGAGAUAAAAACGAGAAAGAGAAUACGAUUGUCAGUGAUAGCCUGGCCUUUUUCGCCAACCUUUAGUCGUACCAAUCGCAUUUAUAAUAGAGGGGUAACUGUAGUCUUCGUAAAAAAGAAAAAUCAUGAAUGGACUUAAAUAAAAGAAUAAAAAUCUAGAAGAAACACUUAAGAAUAAGCAAAGUUUUCCAGGAUCGAGAGCUUUUCAGGUACUUAAAAAAAAAAAAAAAAGGAAAAAACAAACAUAAAAACAGAGAAGAAGACGAAGAAGAAGAAGAAGACGAAGAAGAAGAAAAAGAAGAAGAAGAAGAAUAAGAAGACAGAAAAAAAGAUAGAAGAAAAGAAAUCCAAAUCGCUUCACACUGGCCGUUAAAUGAUUAACUUAGAGUUUUUGUAUCGUAUGUUAUUAAGACUACUGUUUUUUCUCACUCAAACCCUUGAUAUCAGUAUUUGAGAGAACGAUAUUGUCGCGUCACUUUGAUAUCUUUAAAUGAACAAUAUGAGAAAAUAAUAUAGAAAAAAGGAAAGAAAAAUUAUUAAAAAAAGUUUGGAAAAAAUAAAUAAAUAAGAAAUGAUAGAGAAAGGGCAAGAGAGAGAGAGAGAGAGAGAGAGAGAGAGAGAGAGAGAGAGAGAGAAUGAAUGUAUGAACAAAACGGCCGUGCACUGCAAAACGUACAUUCAUUAAAAUACAUAUUGUCAUUUAGCACAAAUCAGUUGAAAAUCGAGAGAUUAAAUAAUUAGAAAAGGACGGAAGAAACCGAAGAGAGACGAAAAGCCACAUAAACCGAGGACGAAGUUGUUAAAAAAAUAAAUAAAUAAAAAUAAAAAAAAAACAGAAAAAAAAGGGAAAAAAUAAUAUAGACACCAGUACAGUCAUGUCCGAGAAAGGCAAGAGAAUCAUGAAAGAUCUGCUUCUCUGUAUAUACAUUUAAAAAAUGCAGGAAAAAAAAAUACGAAUGAAGGGAACAUUUCUUUUCUAGACAUUACCAUUAUACAUAUGUACUGUAAUUAUAUAAAACAAUAAUACAUAUUUUCGAGAUACACGACCAGUCGGAAAAUGUUUGUUCAAUGAAGACUACGGUUCGAUCUAACGCAUCAUUAAUUAUAUUUAACGUAGAAUCGAUAUUUACAUGUGAAUACACCCGCAUCAGCAUUUAUAUGUAAAUAUUUGACUAGCGUUAAGUGAAAAAAAUUAUGCAUAAACUUGCAAACUUCGUAGUUUUCUCCAUACGAUUACAUAUUAUUCCUUUGUAACUUCGAUGAAUGCUAAAGGCCUCGUUAUUUUCACAUAUUCUGAUACACGCAUGUUUCGAACUGAAACUAUUGAAUUUAGACUUUUAAGAUCGUUCUGCUGUUAUAAAUCCGUACAAAAACCAUUGGUACAGUAUAACAUGGAAAUUAAAGAAUCUAAAAAAAAAUUACAUGAUCUUAUAUGAUAUUUUAUGAAUUGAUUUUGCCAUUCAUUUUAUUCAUUUAAACAUUCAUUUAAACUGAAAAUUUAUUUUCGAAUUACCAAUACAUUUUUUUUAAGAUUAAUGUCGGAAUAUUAAUAUGUAUUUUAUAGAAAAAUAUGAUUAUAGUAAUUUUCUUAUUUUUUUAAUUGAUUGUAUAAUUGUAUGAUUGAGAGUCUAGUCGUAAAGAGAUGAAAUUGUAACUUAAAUUUAUAAAUAUUAAAUGAUGAAGUACUUGUAUACACGUCAUAUACAUCUGAACAGACAACCAAAAUAUGAUUAUACAAUGAAUGCGUACACUCACGAAUUAAAAUAUUAAUUAAUUCUAUAGUAAAGUUGUAUGUUAGAUAGUUUAAAUAUUUUUAACUCUUACUGUCGAUAUUGGCAUCUAAACCUCUCUUAAAUUUUAGUGAAUAAAUAACUAUUUUCUUUUCUUUUCUCUUUCUUUUUAAUAAUUAAUAUAUGAAAUAAUAGAUAUAUAAAAUUCAUAAAAAUUAUAUCGACAAUUAAAUAAAUCAUUAAAAAUAAAAAAAGAAUUGAAAUAACAUUUACAAUUAUAAAAGCUAUUAUCAAAUAUUUUUCAUGUGCAAAUAUAUCAGGAAAUGUAAAAUGUAAAAUCGCAGAAAUUGAUAAAUAUCGAUCAAUGUAAUUGCUCGCUCUUGUUGUUUUUUUGUCAGAAAAUAAUGAAGAAAAAACAAAAAAAUACUCCGUGGAUAUGACUGUACAGCGUAUUAAUUUGUCCGGAGGUACAUAUAUCGAAAAUCCUUUUUCAAAUCGAAGUAUUAAGGAUUGCAUAUUGUACAUAAACAAGAUAUUUUCUAUAUAAAGGACGUCGCUCGGUAAGGCCGAUGACUCGAAAAAUAUUGCAAUAUUAUGAUAAUUCUUUUAAGCGGUAGGAUAGCCUUUAAUCGUUUUAUGUAAUGUAAUGAUAGAAGAGGGUCUGGCAGAAUAAAAGUGAAAGUUCUGUAUUUAAAAA